UAUUGAUGUGAUCCCAGAGGAAGGUGGCACAAAUAUUGAACUGAUAAGUGGUGGCCGCAAUGUGGAAGUAACGACUGGGAACGUCUAUGACUAUGUACGUAAGUAUGCAGAGUAUCGCAUGGCUAAAUCUCAGGAGAAGGCUUUGCAGAAUAUUUGCGAUGGGGUGUUCGAUGUCAUCCCUGGAGGUUCUUUGGAUUCCCUAACUGCCGAGGACCUACGACUUUUACUCAAUGGUGUUGGAGACAUCAACGUUGCCACUCUCAUCUCUUAUACCUCAUUCAAUAAUGAAAGUGCCGAAUCCAACGACCGUCUCAACAAGUUCAAGCGAUGGCUAUGGUCCAUUGUGGAGAAAAUGACCAAUCAAGAAAAAGAAGACUUGUUCAUUGGAAGCCAAAUAGAAGUAGCUAGACGACAAAAUGAUUCUUGA